ACUCUGGGUGAAAAGAAGUGCCUUGAUGAAUGUCUGCGAAAAGAACAGAAAAAAAGUUGAUGUAACAAACGUGAUCGUGAAAUAUUGUGUCGAUUUUUUCGAAUUUAGUGGUUUAAAUUACGAGCAAACGAAGAAUCAACAAUGGAAGAAUACGCCAGAGAGCCUUGCCCGUACCGAAUCGUCGAUGACUGUGGUGGCGCGUUUGCGAUGGGCUGCAUAGGUGGGGGUGUCUUUCAGGCAAUCAAAGGCUUCCGCAAUGCCCCUUCUGGUUUCAGCAGAAGACUGGUCGGCAGUUUGACGGCAAUAAAGUCCCGUUCGCCGAUUAUUGCAGGCAAUUUUGCAGUUUGGGGUGGUAUGUUCAGCACUAUUGACUGCACUCUGGUCCAUUUUCGAAAGAAAGAAGAUCCGUGGAACUCGAUCAUCAGUGGAGCAGCUACGGGCGGUAUACUGGCGGCACGUAACGGCGUAGGUGCCAUGGCAGGCAGUGCAAUCAUCGGCGGUGUUCUGCUGGCGCUCAUUGAAGGCGUAGGAAUCCUAUUUACGAGAAUAUCUGCCGAACAGUUCCGCUCGCAACCGAUCGUGGAAGACCCGUCGGCGUUAGGCGAUCCUUCGCAGAAUGCCAGUGCUUCGGCACCGUCCUCAUCAAUGCCAUUUGGCUUCGGUCAGUCAGGUCAAAAUUACCAAUAAGAACGUCAUUGUUGAUGUGGUAGGGGUUUAGUUAUAAUUUUAGAAAAUCAAUCAUAAGAUGACUUUGUUUGACCAACGAUUGAAUGCUAGACGUAUGAAUGUCGUACUCUCUCUCACACAGUUUUGGCCCUUGUUUUUAUUUGGCCAGUGUGGUUAGUAACGGAUGGGUUAACUUUGAGUAGAAAGCACCAUUCUUUUAAAUCAAUCAAUAGGCAGUCAUAGAAUUAUUUCCUGUGAUCCUUUAAGCUGAAAAUGACUGACCUUUUUUCCUCGUAUUCCAGGGAAAGAUAAAGGAUUCGAUUAGAAUGGAAGUAUAACCUUUCGAAGUAUGUGAUGAAUAUCCUGGAAAGCGCGUAACCUUAUGAUGGAUGACUGCGUUUGUGUAAUUGUACGAUAGAAUCUAGUAAAACUGUAAGGUAGCAUUAGUGGGACAAGAACACUGUUCUGAAUACACACCGAAUUUCGGUAAAUGCUGAUGCCAACACAAGCUACGAACGAAACGGUCGAGAAGUAUCAUAAGCGGAGAAAAUUCUGCAAUUUUAUUCAGAGCUGGAAUCAUCACACAUAAACACUGAUAGAAUCAAUUUAUUUAACAUUUUUGUUUAACAUAUACCUAAACGACAACAAGAUCGAAAAAAUGGUCCCUUUUCAAAGAAGUAUAUUUCGAAAGUGUCAAUUCUGAGUCUGAAUAGAAUGGCUCAAUUUUUGCAUGAACUUCUCGAUUCAUUAUAAUAGUAUGGUAACGUGAUUUUUUUUCUGUUUAUUUCAAAUCUGAUGAGCAAAAUUAGACCUAUUUUUCUGUACAUAAACCGAAGGGCAAAUAAAACAUAAUUACAUAUUUCAAAUUGAAAAUAA